ACAACCGCCGCCAUCUCCGCCGAUCGCCGUCACUUCUUUGUUUCUCUUUCCUCCAUUUUUGCACAAAAAUGCCACCUUUCGGAGGUUCAGUACCUUCUUCGUACGGCUCCAACAGCAGCAACAGCUCGGAUUCCAACAUCAUCACCAUCGAUGUUGGCGGUCAGCUCUUUCAGACCACCAAGCAAACCCUAGCCCUCGCCGGACCAGACUCGCUCUUCGCUAGGGUGUCGGAGCCGCCGAUUUCUUCGUCCCAUCACAGCGUCCCGUUCGUCGAUCGCGACCCGGAGCUCUUCUCGGUCUUCCUCUCUCUCCUCCGCACAGGUAAUCUUCCGUCGAAAGCUAGGGUUUUCGAUAUCCAGGAUUUGAUUUUCGAGUCCCGAUUUUACGGAGUCGAGGAUCUUCUGAUCAAUUCGGUGUCGAAUCCCUCUCAAUUCGAGGCGUAUAACCUCGAGAGGUCCGCGAUUUUGUCGAUGAACGGCCGGGACUCACCGUCGGCGAUCGUGACGACGCCGUUCGGGUCGGUCCACGUCGCGCACGGGAGCAAAAUCACGUCGUUCGAUUGGUCUCUGAGGAAGAAAAGGACGAUCUUGACGCAGUUCGCCGCCGUGGAUUCGAUGCUGGCGAUUUCUCCCUCCGUGGUCGCCGCCGGUGCGACGGACUUCUCCGGUCUCCAGAUUCUCGACCUCGAGAACGGCUCCGUCAAGAAGACUCUGAGUUGGGAGAACGUGACCAGGUCUAGCUCAACGGUCCAAGCAAUUGGAUCGAAUCAGGAGUCUCUCUUCGUGAGCUUUGAAUCAGGUCGGAGGAACUCGAAUUCCAUUGUGGUUUAUGAUUUGCAUAGCUUGCGUCCGGUGACCGAGAUCGCUCACAACGAGAUUUAUGGCGCUGAGAUCAACUCCGCAAUCCCGGCAACAAAACUGAACUGGGUUUCUGGAAACAGCCUUUUAAUGGCGUCUGGUUCCCACAGCGGUCCUUCAGGAGUGUCGGGAAACAUAAAGUUUUGGGAUGUUAGGUCCGGGAAUAUCGUUUGGGAGCUAAAAGAGAAUGUCGAUUGCUUCUCUGAUGUUACUGUUUCGGAUAACUUGUCAUCAAUGUUCAAGGUUGGUGUGAACUCAGGCGAAGUUUUCUUCGCGGAUUUGAGGAAUUUGGGUGCUGAGAAUCCGUGGGUUUGUCUCGGGGAUGGUAGAAUAGCGUAUAAUGGGAAGAAGGAGGGUGUUGGGUGCAAGAUUGAGAGCCAUGGAAGUCAAGUGUUUUGCAGUAAAGCCGGGGAUAUUGAGCUCUGGUCAGAGGUGGCAAUGGGGUCCGUGAAGAACAGCGAAGAUGAGUUGGGGGAGAGAGUGUUCAGGAAGAACUUGAUGGGGAAAAUGAAGGACAUGGGCGGCUCCAGGAUAACCAAUUUGGCUUUUGGAGGUAAUAAGAUGUUUGUAACAAGGAAGGAUCAGCAGAGUGUUGAGGUUUGGCAAAGUUCAUCUGGGGGAUUUUGAUUGAUUUUGCUAUAUAGAUCAAUUAUAUUGUUAAAAAAUGAUCUUGUAAUUUGUAAAUAGAGUUCUUUGUUUGAAUUAUUUGUGUCUGAUGUUGUAAUUUAUCAGGCCUUUGAUUCUUUAUACAUUCAUUUUUUUUUAAGAGUCAGUUUUCGAAUAAUUUCUCUAUAACAUAUGUUUGUGCCAUUGUAUC